AGCGCCGCAGCGCCACGUCGGCAGAUCAGCGCGACACUACAGCACACAUACAAUUUAAACACACAUCUGAUAAUUGUUUAAGUGAAUUUGAAAGGUAAUGAAGUGACAGAAACAUCAGCAGAAGAGAAGAGCAUCAUGGUGAAGAGUGUGAAUUCAGAUGUUCAAUCGAAAAGUGAAACAUAUGAAGGGACGGAACUGGAACAUAUAGAGACCGGUCCAAACACAGCAGAUGUCGCCAAGGAGCACUCUGCGGCUCCGCCUGGGAUGAUUUGGCGGGUCACCGGUGGUCUUUUUAGCGUCACGAAGGGCGUGGUCGGAGCCACAGUGGGCGGAGUCACCUGGCUGGGUGGUAAAGGUCUGGAAAUCACCAAAUCAGCUGUGACAGCUGUCCCGUCGGUGGGCGUCGGCCUAGUGAAGGGCGGGGUUUCUGCAGUGGCAGGGGGCGUGUCCACAGUGGGGUCGACAGUAGCUAAUAAAGUUCCAUUCACGGCGAAGAGGAAAGACAAAUCGGAAUGAGAAGAUUUAAGAUGUUAUGUUGGUGAGGUCAUCACCUUUGAGCCAGAACACUUGUUUGAUGCUCAGUUGUUGUGCGAAAGCGCACAAUUUGCUGUCCGCGUGUCCGUUUUUAGCUUUUUUAUUUUUUUUAGUCUUUCUGCUCUGUUUUAAUGUUUUGUUCAACAGCUUUCAAUUUCAGAGCUUCAUUGUUGGACACCAAAACCGCUGGUCAGAUGCAUUUAAAGGUGAUGGAUAUUUUUUAUUUUCACACAUCAACAUCCGAUACAUUUCUACAAAGGGAAGCUUAGUAAAUUAAGUGCAUAUUGUGUUUGUUUGAUUGUUUUGGUAGAACAUUAAUGCCAAAAUCAUUAAGGCUUGAUUUCAAAUGUAAAAUGUUUAAUGCUGUUUUGUCUUUGUUUCUACGAACAAAGACGCAUUUAAUAACGAUGUGACCCUCAACACACAGAUAUGUGCCUUAUUUUGUGUAUCUCUAAACACUUUCUUUAUUGUAGUGGUUACCACAUUUCAUCUUACUUCUACUGGUGUGUUACCUGUCAGACUGUGUUUAUGAAGUCCAAUUUUUAAUAUAAUAAAGACAUGUAAAAGA